GUACCCGGCCUGGGUCAAGUUGGGUGGCCCAUCCCAGAGGAGCUGAGUAGGAAUAGAGCCCGACCGGAGAGAGCCCGGACCCCUGAACCCCUCCUGGGCCCAGCCUUCCAGCCUAUCAGCGGGGGCUGAGAGCUGGGAGGGACCCCGAGGGUCGUGAAGGGUCGUACAGCGCCCCCAACUCCCACCCCGGGGUGCUCGACUCCAGAAAACGGAGGGCGAUUUGGAGCUGACCCCUAAGGCGGUCAUUGAUGAUGUCACAUUGGCCUGGGUGGAGGUGUCCCGCGGAGCGUCCCGGAACUUGCGCUCUUUAUAAGGUGUCAAGUCCCCGUCUGCUGAUGAUGGAGCAGAAGGAGGAAGAUGAUGACGAGGAAGCCUGGCUGCAACUCCGACCCACCGAACCUUUGCCUGCUCAAUGCUGCGGCUGUGGCUGCAAACCCUGCAUAUAUGACAUCUAUUACCAGGAGCUUGCUUGGUGGGAAAAAGCCCGGGCCAAGAAAGACAAGAGUCUUCUGUGGAAAAAGAAGGAAGAGCAUCCUCUCUCAGAGUUGAGCCAGGAGACCUUUCAGGCCUUCUGCAUUAGUGCCAUGGAGCCGCUGACCGACGACACCUUCCAGGUCCGUUUCACGCUGCCUGGGAAUGGGCGCCUAGGGCUGAGCCCCGGACAGCAUCUCAUCUUGCGGGCCACCGUGGAUGGCUUGGAGAUUCAGAGAGCCUACACGCCCAUCAGCCCCAGGAACACCGAGGGCUAUUUUGAGAUUUUAAUUAAGUGUUAUGAGACGGGGCUCAUGUCCCAGCAUGUCAGGUCCUGGAAAGUUGGGGAUACAGCAUUUUGGCGAGGACCUUUUGGGGGCUUCCCCUACAGACCAAACCAGUACGGUGAGCUCCUCAUGCUGGCUGCGGGCACUGGCCUGGCGCCCAUGCUGCCCAUCCUGAAGGAGAUCACGGACAAUGAAGAGGACGAGACAUUUGUCACCCUGGUUGGCUGCUUCAAGACCUUCGAAGGCAUCUACCUGAAGCCCCUCCUCCAGGACCAGGCUCGCUACUGGAACGUUCGAACCGGCUUCGUCCUCAGCCAGGAAGCUUCCCUGGACAGGCUUCCCUGGAGUUACCAAGAAAAGACUCACUUGGGCCGCCUCAGCCAGGCCCUGGUCCAGGAGCUUGUCAGCUCCUGCCGGAGGAAGCCCUUCGCCCUGGUCUGCGGCCCACCGGAAUUCAGUAGAGACACGGCCUUGUGUUUGCAGGGGGCUGGGCUGACCGAGGAGUCCUACUUCCUGUUUUAGCCCCUGCUGACCAUGGAAGGAGAAGAGAAGACCGAGAGAGAGGAUGUCAUGGCCGGCCCCUCUGACCCCCUCAUUUUAUAGCUGAGGAAAGGGUGGCCCAGGGAGGUUAGGAUUUUGGGUCAAGGUAGCGUUAGGGAAAACAAGCCCUAUGACAUCGGAAAGAACACGGGAGACAGAGGCAGAGGCCUUGAGUUCACAUCCUCCAUAACACCCCAAAGAGGGGUAUGCCACUUGCAUACCUAUAGUGAUGGGGAACUCACUACCUCUCAAGGUAGCCCAGUUCACAAAAGGUCAGCUCCAGGUUUUAGAAGAUUUUUCCUGACACUGAGCUGGAGUGUGCCUUGAUCCAUCUACCCAUUGGUUCAAAUUAUACCCUUUGCCCUUUAAGUCCUUAAAGACAGCUCUCCUGUGCCCCCUGAGGCUUCUCAUCCACAGGCUAAGCUUCUGGGGUCCUUCAGUCAUCCUCACAUAUGGCAUGGUCUCUGCCUGUUGCCUUUAAUUCUGCCUUCAGGGCCAAGCUCAGAAUCACAGAAUCUCAGGUUAUGGGGGUGUGGGGCAGGGGCUGUCAUCCAAUCACUGCUACCUGAACAGGAACCAGCAACACCCCUGUCAUCAUCCUGUUUGUGUCAUAGUGACGGAGACCUCACUACCUUGCAAGGCAGACCAUUGCAGGCUCAGCAGCUCUGUUGGCUAAAACAAUGUGUCCUGGUUGCAGGCCAGAUGAUCAUCUUCUCUGUACCUUACCUCCCACCCCCUUGUUUCUCAUUCUGGGUACGGGGCGUUGGAGGGAGCCUCAGUGUCAUGGGGAGCAUGGGCUGGGGAGGAGGGAGGGAAAGACAAACUGCUCCCUUCAGUGACUUUACUGUGGGCCAGCAUGUCUUCAAAGCUCCCUGUUCUCUCCAUUCACUUAGAAAAGGAAUCAGGCUCCUGGGAGAUUUCUCCUGGGAGCCAGUGGUGGGAAGUCUUGGGGCUUAGAAACAGAAGGGGUCUUAGAAAGCCCCUGCUCCAAGCCUCUCACUUUGCCCAUCAGCAGAUGGUGGCCCAAGGUCAUAAAGGCAUCGAACAGCAGAGCCAGCAUUUGAACCCAGUUCUUCCCUCUUCCCAUUAGCUGUCAGCUAGCUGCAGGCUCUGUCACCUUUUUUUUAGGUGCUCCUUGCCUGCUUGUCAAAGAAGCCGAGGCGGGAUACCUGCCCCAGAGGGGUGUGGCUCUGUCCUCACUGGGUUAGGUUGGGGUAUGGUGUGAUACCUACAGGUAGAUGUCUCCCUGGAUAGAAUGUAAGCUCUUCUAGAGCAGGGGCUGUUUCUUUGUGUCCUCAAGACCUAGUGCAGUGCCUGACACAUUGUGGGUGCUUAAUAAAUUCUUGUGGAUGGA